AUGCGCCUUUGUACGACUGCGGGAUUGCAAAGGACUCAAACUCUGGAUCGUUACUGCUCACGCCCUACCGAGACCGCUACGGACCGCAACAAGGAUGCACUUUAUAACGAACUCAAUAUGUUGAUAUCCAAGACACCAAGGCAGCAGGCGGUAAUUGCCGGAAUUGAUGCGAAUGCAAAGAUGGGACUUGAACAACAAUCUGAUGGGCUUGGAAGAUGUUUCUAUCCCAUGGAGCAAACAUCGUACAACGAAAAUCGUCUGAUAGACCUUUGCGAGCAGACAAACCUCAUCAUUGCAUCCACAUUUGAAAGGAAUCAUCGACGCGAUCAGCCCUCAGCUCGAUUGCAUCCUGACAAAGAACAUCCUCUUGUCAGAAGUCCGAAAAUCAACAGCUGUCUGGGACGUCGCAUUCGAUUCCGACCACCGAUCAGUUCUUCUCAACAUCAUAAGAUGAACAAUGGAAAAUCUGGCGGAGACGGUGGAACUAGCGCAGAAAUGCUGAAAUCUUUUCCUCCUCCCAGGAUCGAGGCACGCUUUUACAAUUGCUCUCCACAAGAGGCUAUCCACGGAACUCACGUCACGGAACCCAAGAAUUAUCGAGGAACAUCAUUGCUGCGUAUAAUGUACGAGAUCUUCAAGCGAACCACCCUUGAUCAACUAAUCCGACAUCGCGAAGAAACUACCAGUGACGAGCAAGCCGUCUUUCGCCCUGGUCGAUCAAUGACUGAUCAUUCAUUCUUUGCUGUCGAUGACAUAAUGCAUAGAACAGUUGAGCAGUGUCAUGUUGAUGUCAUUCUAGCACCGUCUGCACGUCUCUUUCAAAGAUGCGCUGAAGCUAAUUCGGCAUUCGACUCACUGACAAAGUGCUUGUGGUCGGCCCCUAUCGACUACAAAGCCAAGCUGCAAGUCUCCCUAUCCGCAAUUCGUCCUAUCAUGAUGUACGGAUCGGUGACUUGGGAAAGUGGACUUGCUGUGAAAAUUACGGCACAAAUUAGAGCUGCUGAUGAACCAGGAGGAGGAGCCAGUUCGAACGAGGUUGCCGAAAUGGCCGAACGACUUAGCCAAUUGCUCUUACGCCCUCUAACCAUUAAACGUUUGGUUGGGAUGGUCGAUAUCAUCGUUUUCAAAACAAGAGCUGGACCUCCAUGCACAAGCAUGAUGUUACACGACAACUCAUUGUUCUCACAAAAAAACCGUGACUUGCAAAGCAAAGCCGAUAAUUAUCGAAUUGUUCGUAAAGUACGCAAUGAAAAGCUGAAGAAGGGCCUUGUACUAUCGUUGAACCCGCCUGAUGUGCGCAUCCGCGCUAACUUCCGUCGUUGUGAUCUUUGGAACAGUAGCUGUUCGGCAAGUUUGAAUACUACGGCCCAAACAUCAACUUCUGCAAUCGAUUCCAAAAUAGAGCGAGCUAUGGUAAGAUUCUUCAACAAAGCAGAGCGCACAUCGGACAACGAUGACCGUCUGGUCGACUUGUGCGAACAGACGGGUCUCAUCAUCGCUUCCACAUUUAAGAGGAACCAUCGACGCCAUCAGCUCACGUGGAAGGGAUCAACCUUUUUAACGCUUGAACAGCAGCGCAAGCGGAAGAUGAAGGCUCUUAAACUUCAGCUCGACUACGUUCUGGCGAGGAACGUUCCUCAGUUAGAUGUUUGA